AUGUACUCAGAGCAAGAGCAGCAGGACCUCACUGCGAGCGUCCCUCCGCUCUCGCUGAAGUUCAGCCUUCCUCCUGUUGACAACCGCUCUGCUUUCCUGCGUGCCAUGACCGAUGACCACUCCAAUCCCAGCUGUCCUAUCAAGCUCGCACACGGCACAACAACCCUGGCCUUCCGAUUCCAGGGCGGUAUCAUCGUGUGUACCGAUUCGCGAGCAACAGCCGGCAACUGGAUUGCCAGUCAGACAGUCAAGAAGGUUAUCCCCGUUUCACGGUUGAGUCGGGGCGAGGACAAGAAGUCGAACCAGCCGACGCCAGGUCUCCUGGGAACGAUGGCCGGUGGUGCAGCUCGGGGGAAGGACACUGCUCAUGAAUUCUAUCUAGAAAUCCGACACAAGCGCCGUAUCACUGUUGCGGCCGCGUCCAAGAUUCUUGCCAACCUCACUUACGCCUACAAGGGAUACGGACUUAGCAUGGGAACUAUGUUAGCAGGAAUGACGCCCCAAGAAGGACCCGCCCUGUACUACAUCGACUCCGACGGCACCCGUCUCCCCGGUAACCUGUUCUGUGUUGGAUCAGGUCAGACUUUCGCUUACGGUGUGCUGGACGCCGAGUACAAAUACGAGCUGACUGAGGAGGAGGCAUUGAACCUUGGCCGCCGAGCCAUUCUGGCUGCCAUGCACCGUGAUGCCUACUCCGGUGGUUUCAUUAACCUAUACCACGUCAAGGAAGAGGGAUGGGUGCACCACGGAUUUGAUGACAUGAACCCUAUCUUCUGGGAUACGAAGCUCCAGAAGGGCGAGUUCUCCAACGUGACAUCUGCGUUGUAA